AUGGCCUGUCUGAUGGCGGCUUUCUCCGCGGGCACCGCUUCGAAUACCAGCAGUUCUGUCUGUACUAUGGCUGAGCCAAAGUCAGUGUGUGUUUCAGUGGAUGAAGUGGUAUCAAAUGGCACAGACAACCAAGAUGUUCGACUGAUGAAUGGGCACUUAAAAAAGGUGGACAACACUCUGACAGAAGCUCAUCGUUUUUCCUACCUACCCCGCAGACCAGCUGUGAACAUUGAGUUUAAAGAACUGUCAUACUCUAUCCAGGAAGGGCCAUGGUGGAAGAAGAAGGGAUUAUUCAAAGGAGAAUUUCCUCCAGAGCAAAUUGAUGGUUACAAGACCCUUUUGAAAGGGAUUUCAGGGAAAUUCAGCAGUGGAGAACUUGUUGCAAUUAUGGGUCCUUCUGGUGCUGGGAAGUCAACACUCAUGAACAUUCUGGCAGGCUACAGAGAGACGGGAAUGAAAGGAGAAAUUCUCAUCAAUGGACAGCCUCGAGACCUACGCUCUUUUCGCAAAGUUUCCUGUUACAUCAUGCAAGAUGACAUGCUCCUUCCUCAUCUUACUGUCCAAGAGGCUAUGAUGGUAUCUGCUCACCUGAAACUUCAAGAGAAAGAUGAAGGAAGAAGGGAAAUGGUAAAGGAAAUACUGACAGCCCUGGGUUUGCUCGCAUGUGCCAACACGAGGACUGGGAGUCUUUCUGGAGGCCAGAGAAAGCGUCUUGCCAUUGCUUUGGAGCUGGUGAACAAUCCUCCUGUCAUGUUUUUUGAUGAACCAACCAGUGGCUUGGAUAGUGCAUCAUGUUUUCAGGUUGUCUCUUUGAUGAAAGCUUUAGCCCAGGGGGGCAGGUCCAUCAUCUGCACGAUUCACCAGCCCAGUGCUAAACUGUUUGAGUUGUUUGAUCAGCUCUAUGUUUUAAGUCAAGGUCAAUGCAUUUACCGUGGGAAAGUAUUAAACCUUGUCCCUUACUUGAGAGAUUUAGGUUUAAAUUGUCCAACCUACCACAAUCCAGCAGAUUUUGUUAUGGAAGUAGCUUCUGGUGAAUACGGAGACCAGAGCAGCCGGCUGGUCAGGGCAGUGCGGGAGAGGAUAUGUGACACAGACUACAAGAGAGAUGUUGGUGAGAACGAGCCGAACCCGUUCCUCUGGCACCGGCCUUCUGAAGAGGAUUCGUCCUCCACAGAAGGCUGCCACAGCUUCUCCGCCAGCUGCCUAACCCAGUUCUGCAUCCUCUUCAAAAGGACUUUUCUCACCAUCAUGAGGGAUUCAGUCCUGACGCACUUGCGUAUCACCUCACACAUCGGAAUCGGACUGCUCAUUGGCUUGCUCUACUUAGGAAUUGGCAAUGAAGCUAAGAAGGUCCUCAGCAACUCUGGCUUCCUCUUUUUUUCCAUGUUGUUUCUUAUGUUUGCUGCACUCAUGCCAACCGUGCUUACAUUUCCUCUUGAGAUGGGAGUGUUUCUCAGAGAGCAUCUGAACUACUGGUACAGUCUGAAAGCCUACUAUCUUGCUAAAACCAUGGCUGAUGUUCCUUUUCAGAUCAUGUUUCCUGUAGCUUACUGCAGCAUUGUGUACUGGAUGACCUCGCAGCCAUCUGAUGCACUCCGCUUUGUCCUCUUUGCGGCCUUGGGAACCAUGACGUCCCUAGUGGCUCAGUCUCUGGGUCUUCUGAUAGGUGCAGCCUCUACAUCCCUGCAGGUGGCCACUUUUGUGGGCCCAGUUACUGCCAUCCCGGUGCUUCUGUUCUCUGGGUUUUUUGUCAGCUUUGAUACCAUUCCAACGUACCUCCAGUGGAUGUCCUACAUUUCCUAUGUCAGAUAUGGGUUUGAAGGUGUUAUUCUCUCCAUCUAUGGACUGGAUCGAGAAGAUCUGCAUUGUGACAAAGAUGAUACUUGCCAUUUUCAAAAAUCAGAGGCGAUUCUGAGAGAACUGGAUGUUGAAAAUGCCAAACUUUACCUGGACUUCAUUGUACUCGGAAUUUUCUUCUUCUCCCUGCGCCUAAUUGCCUAUUUUGUUCUCAGAUACAAAAUCCGAGCAGAGAGAUAA